AUGGCCCAUCAAGCUGAUGGUCAGUACCAGGCAAGAAUGUUUCUUCAAACGUUGAAAUCAUCUGCACAAGGGGACAACGAAGAGGACCUGCCAGUUGGUCAUGAUAUCUUUUUCGUUAUACCCUGGGAUACUGCCCACUGGAUGGAUCUUUGUAUGGUGGAUAUUCGUGAGAGUAGCGAGUUCUUACGGCGCUUCAUCAAAAGAGCAAACCAAUUCAAUACGAUGUAUGGCAGAGGAAAGGGGCAUGCUGAAUACCAGGACGUUGCAAAGCAAAAUUCCUUGAAGGCUCAUGUUACUAAAGUGUACGCAACAACACGGUUCGCGAGUAGCUCGUUUUCACAGUUUGAUAGCAUAUACGAAAGUUAUGAAGCUCUAUGUAAAGCGUUUUCAGCGAUUAGAGAAACGGAUGAUGAAGACGAGGAAAUGAAGUAUAUGAUUAAAGGUCGGGAUUUCUGCCUAAAUCUAGGUGGAAUCAUAGACAUCCUGUCAAAACCUAUGGAGAUGAUGAUCAAGUCAAAAUCUUUGGAUCAGUACCUGUGGUCUGUUACCAAAUGGUGGCCAAAAGUAAAAGCCAUUCUACUAGCAAUGAAACGAGAUCUGACCGGUCAGCUAUCUGACAUUCAGAAAGUAACAGUACGAAAGGAACUAUUCCCAAAACUCUGGAAACAUUAUGAAGAUCUUAAUGAAGAAGAUAGCGUAGGGGUUCAGUUAUUACCAGGAUGGAUGGUCGUGGAUACGGCAGAACAGGUCGACAGCAUUUCCAAAAAGAAAAGAAAAGUCAUUGAAUGGAGUGAAAGAACGGUGGAAGAUUGCUUAAAAGAUCUGGUUAUCCUUUCCGAGAAUGUUACAGAUGGAAUGGAUUCUAGAUAUGCCAAAAGCGUCUCCGAAGCAGCACAUAUAUUGGGACGUUGUUUACAUUUACCAGACGUCGUAUCCUUUGUACAAGGACUAAACGGCAGAUUCACUGCACGUCAAGUAGCUGCUCGUGAUGUUUAUGGGAAUGCUGAGUUCCGCUCCUUCUACACCUAUGUUUGUUCCUUGGCCCACAUCAAACGAUUGUAUGUAUGUAAAACUUUAUUUCAAUACGCUAACUUCGACAAUUAUUUACAACUGGUUUCCACGAAGGGCGUAUACACACAAAGAGCUAAAUGUUAAUUAUAUAUAGAACAAAAUAUGUAAGAAUUCCACCCUGAAAUUUUAUCAUCUUCCUCCCAAACCUCCACCCCCUAAACAAGUACCCACCCACCCUCACGCAAAACUAACCCCCCUCCCGCCCACAAUCUAUAUUGUCCUCCCAUCAUUUGGUCCUGGAGAAAUUAGCUUAUCAUCUGCUUAAAUGCAAUUUCGCCAUUGUUUUAAAUGACGUAAUUGACUCAGCCGCCUUGACAUCUUGCGGGAGACUAUUGCAUAGAAUUGCUCCACUGUAUCCAAAUGUUUUCUUUAGAAAUUCCGUUUUCGGUUUUUUUAACGAGAGAUCAGUUUCGCUAUUGCGUAAAUCAUAAAUAUUCUGCGAUGCAUUUCUCCGAGAAAAAAGAUCUUUAAGGUUUGGCGCAGUGUGGUUCCCCAAGACUUUAUACAUCAAUACUAGCUUGGUUUGUUCUCGUCUCCUAGCCAGGGUUUCCCAGCCUAAUUUGUUUAGGACUUCAGACGAUCUUACAUCGUAGUCAGCUCCGGUAAUCACCCUUGCUGCUCGAUUUUGGAAUUUUUGCAAUUUGUCUUGAAGUCCCAAACCACAGUUAUCCCACAGGGAGAACAGUAAUCAAAAUGAGGCUGAAUUAAUGUUUUGUAGACAUCAUGUAAGGUUUUGUGUGGUACAUAAGGUUUUAUUCUUUUAAUUGCUCCUAUUCCAGCGCUAAUCUUAUGGCAUACAGAAUCAAUAUGUUUCUCCCAACUUAAUUUUUCAUCUAGAUUUACACCUAGACAUUUAAAUGUAUUGGUUUGUGGGACUGGGAUUUUGUUAAUCUCAACGGGUCUAUUUCCUAUUUUAUGAUUUAGAUUAUGCGUAGAUCCAAUAAACAUGACUUUGUUUUUUUCCUAUGAUAUUUUAGUUUGUUUUUAGCAAGCCAUUUAUGAAUACUGGAAAGGUCCAUAUUCAAAUUGUCAAUCAAUGUAUCGAUUGGCAAAAGAAUCUCUAUCAGCUCUAUCAAACCACGCGCAUCGUCAGUUCAAGGACGUAGUUUUUCAAGUGUCUCAAGUUGUCUGGAUGGAUCUCGGCGGGUGCAGAAAGUAUUGGUUUCCACCUGAACGACCUGAAGAAGGAACACACAGUCAAGCACCGUUAAAGGAAUAUACAGUUAAGAGCGAAGAUCAUGAAAUAGAUGAAAAAUUCGUUUUCACUUAUGAUGAUGGUGUUUACACUGCCAGAUUGGACCAGGCCACGGCAUUCUCAACGUUUUAUACGAAUGAAGCAAUAUAUCAAGCGGCAGGCAAAGAAUUCUGUAUAGCAUUGGAUGUUGCACUGGCUAUGAGUGGUUCCGAGGCAGUUGUCGGGUCGUACUAUUCCGUGAUGAAUACGCAGUCGAAGGCAGAGGGUCAAUUGAAUGACACCCUCACCCAGCGAACAAACGUAGACUGGUGUUUCCUCAUGCCUUUACAGUGUGUGGAAACUAUUAGAGAGGUGGCGUCCCUAUAUUUGGACGGCAAUAAAGAGAUCGGACUACCACGUCAUCAAAUUCCAGUGUUCGUGGAUGAACGAGGUCGCGCUUUAAACAAGUAUGCACUGUACAGAACUGAUUACUUUGUUUUAAAUGAAAAAGAUAAAGACUACAAAAAGUAG